UAAAAAAUGUAGUUCUCCGCGUUACAUUGUAUAGACGGAGAACUGUUGUCUCAACAGGUGCGAUAUCAAAACUGGUAUAACCAGUUUGGUCACGUGAUAAGAGUUAUUGACCGUGCGUACGUACGAUUAGUGGUCAGUUCUACAGAGACUCUCGCUUGGUACACGUCGUUAACUACAUUGGGAAGUUUUUAUCAUGGAUCGAGAUACUCACGACAUUAUCAAGGACGUUGUAAAGGACACCGUGGAGGAAAGCAGGCAGUCUUUACUUCAAGAAAUUGGGACGAUGUUCGAAAAGAUAAGUGAACAAAAUAAUUCUUCUCAAUUUGCUAGAAUAAGCAAUUUAGUGGCAUCAUCUCAGCCAAAAUUUAAAAGGAAAAGCAACGAAGAACAGUUUUGUCAUAAUAGUAAAGUUAUGUUGAAGCUUAAUGAAGCCGAGUCUAAGUUAGAUAGCAGUAAAAUUGAGGAGGCCAAAAGCAGUAUUACAACAGCCUUGGAUAUUUUGUCACACCGACAAAAGAUGAUACAGUUGGCGGAUGCUAGUGAAUUGGGGUGGAGAGUAGUUCAUGAGUAUGAACAAAAUCCUCUAGCAGACGACAGCGAUGAUGAAAAGAAAAUGUAUAAAGCUGAAGUCAGGGCUGACAGGAAGUUCAAAGCUGAGAAAAAUAAGAGGUCUAAAAAGUUUAGAACCAAGCCUUACACCAGGAGUGUACCUGCACGAGCUACAAGUCAAUCCACUUCGCAGCAAUUUGGUGUACAGAAACCAGGCUUAUGUUUUUACUGUGGAAAGCCGGGUCACUGGAGAAAAGAAUGUCCAGCAAAUACUACAAAUUUGAAUAAUAAGAUGAGUACAUUUUGUUUAUUUAAUAAACAUUGCGAUAUGCUAGACAGUUAUUCAUUGAAUCACAAUUACAGGGAACAAAUAAAUAAUGAGGCAAUUAGUUGCGAUUCGAACCAAAAUGAUUCAGAAAAUGAAAUCGUUGUAUUUCCUAAAAAAUGUUUAAGUCUUAAUGUUUCUUCUGUGAAUCACGGAUAUUGUUCUCAGCUGAACAAUGAAUGCUCAGUAUCAGUAGCAGAGCAUUUUGAGUCUAAAAAAGAAAAACUUAAAUGUGUAAUAUCGCCAGUAGGAAGAUUGAAGGCUCAUGCUAGCAAAUGGCGAUCUAUCAAUGGCGAUUCUUUCAUUGUAGACGUUAUAGAAAAUGGUUACAAAUUGCCAUUUAGAAAUAUUCCUAGAUAUACACGUAUUUUGCGAUGCCAGUGGAUCUGGUUAUGGUGGUUACCUAUAUUUUCCGAACAAUGA